AUGGCAGCACGCUCGCGGAGACCCUGGCUGAGCGUGGUUCUGGGGCUGGUGCUGGGCUUCACUGCCGCCUCCUGGCUCAUCGCUCCCCGGGUGGCCGAGAUGAGCGAGAAGAAGCGGCGCGGCGCCAGCCUCUGUUCCUACUACGGCCGCGCGGCGGGGCCGGGGGCUGCCGGGGGCGCCGGCGCGGCGGUCGAGCAGCCGGCGGCCGCGGCGGUGCUGGGAGGCACGGGCGUGCGGAGCAGCCCAUGGGAACUGCCGGCGGGAGAGGAAGGCACGGUGUUCAGCCCCGCCGCCGGCGGAGAAGCGGAGCAGGAGGAGGAGGAGGAAGGCGGCGAGAAGCGGAGCGGGCGGCCCGGCGGCAGCCGCAACGGGAGCGGUGACUGGGGAGGCGCGGCGGGCUGCGCCAAGCCUCGCAACUUCCUCUACGUUGGGGUAAUGACGGCCCAGAAGUACCUGGGCAGCCGGGCGGUGGCGGCGCAGCGGACGUGGGCGCCCUCGGUGCCGGGCCGCGUGGAGUUCUUCUCCAGCCAGGGCUCGGCCGCGCCCCCAGGGCUGCCCCUGCUGCCUGUCGUCGCCCUGCCCGGCGUGGACGACUCCUACCCGCCGCAGAAGAAGUCUUUCAUGAUGAUCAAGUAUAUGCACGACCACUACCUGGACAAGUACGAGUGGUUCAUGCGGGCGGACGACGACGUCUACAUUAAAGGUGAAAAAUUGGAGGAGUUUCUUCGCUCGCUGAACAGCAGUGAGCCUCUGUAUUUGGGACAGACUGGUCUGGGUAACAUUGAAGAACUUGGGAAGCUGGGACUUGAGCCUGGAGAGAAUUUCUGCAUGGGAGGGCCAGGAAUGAUAUUCAGCCGGGAGGUUCUGAGGAGGAUGGUGCCACACAUAGGUGAAUGCCUUCGUGAGAUGUACACCACUCACGAGGACGUGGAGGUGGGCAGGUGCGUCCGAAGAUUUGGAGGAACGCAGUGUGUUUGGUCCUAUGAGAUGCAGCAAUUGUUCCACGAGAACUAUGAACACAACCGCAUGGGUUAUAUUCAAGACCUUCACAACAGCAAAAUUCACACAGCUAUAACACUUCAUCCAAACAAAAGGCCAGCCUACCAAUAUAGGCUGCACAAUUACAUACUGAGUCGCAAAAUUUCCGAACUGCGCUAUCGAACCAUUCUUCUCCAUAGGGAACGUGCCCUCAUGAGCAAACUUAGUAACAGCAAAGUAACGAAGGAAGAUCAGCAACUGGGAGUGGUACCAUCUUUCAAUAAUUUCCAGCCACAUGAAAGAUCUGAAGUCAUCGAAUGGGAAUUUCUGACAGGAAAAUUUCUUUACUCGAUGGUAGAGGGCCAACCACCCCGGCAGAGUGUGAGCAGUGUUCUGCGGGCUGCACUAGAUGACACUGUGAUGCAAGUCAUGGAAAUGAUAAAUGAGAACUCUAGGUCUAGAGGAAGACUGAUUGAUUUCAAGGAAAUACAAUAUGGAUACCGCAGGGUGGAUCCUAUGCAUGGGGUGGAGUACAUCCUGGAUUUACUGCUCUUGUACAAAAGGCACAAAGGAAGGAAAGUUACAGUUCCAGUGAGACGUCAUGCUUUCCUUCAGCAACUGUUCAGCAAACCUUUCUUCAGAGAAGCAGAAGAACUAGAUGUAAGAAGCCUGCUGGAGGACACCAAUGCUGACACACAAUCUUUCUCUUUUCUUUCAAAUUCUUUAAAGAUUUUUUCUUCAUCAUUCCAAGGCACCAAAGACAUUGUGGGACACAGUGACAAGAAAAUACAUAUUCUUGUCCCUCUUAUAGGAAGAUUUGACAUUUUCUCAAGAUUUAUGGAAAACUUUGAGAAGACUUGUCUGAUUCCCAGACAGAAUGUAAAGUUGGCAAUAAUUCUCUUCAGUUCUGAGUUAGGACAGGAUUCCAGUAAACACAUAGAGCUGUUUAAAGAAUAUAGCAUGAAGUAUCCUAAAGCAGAUAUGACCCUGGUUCCUAUGGCAGGAAAGUUUUCCAGAGGUUUAGGUCUUGAAAUGGCUUCAUCCCAGUUUGACAAUGGCACUUUGCUGUUGUUCUGUGACGUUGAUCUGAUAUUCACACCAGACUUCCUACAGAGAUGCAGAGAAAACACUAUUCAGGGAGAACAGGUUUACUACCCUAUCAUCUUCAGCCAGUAUGAUCCAAAAGUAAUAUAUGGAGGCAACCCUCCAGCUGACAGUAGUUUUAUUUUCACAAAAAGAACUGGAUUUUGGAGGGAGUAUGGAUUUGGAAUUACAUGUAUUUACAAAAGUGACCUACUUACUGCUGGUGGAUUUGAUACCUCAAUUCAAGGCUGGGGUCUUGAGGAUGUAGACCUCUAUACUAAAGUGAUAACAUCAGGCUUGAAGGCUUUUAGAAGUCAAGAAGUAGGAGUUGUUCAUAUUUUUCACCCAGUUCAUUGUGACCCCAGUUUAGAUCCAAAACAAUACAAAAUGUGCUUAGGAUCCAAAGCAAGUACAUUUGCUUCAACCAUGCAGCUCGCUGAACUCUGGCUAGAGAAAUAUUUGGGUGUCAGAUACAAUCGAACUGUCUCCUGACAUCCCAACCCAUUUGGCCUUUUAAGGGGAGUUUACCUCAUUAUUUUUUUAUUUUGAUGUUGUGUUUUUAAACUCCCUUCUCUUUGUCUUCCAAAGACUGCUGACCUCAAACCAGAUGAGUCUGCUGUUCACUGAUGUUUCUUACACCUACUGAACUGAUUAGGUGAACUCUUUCAGAUUUCUUUUGUUUGAAAAUCAAUCAAACCAUGGCAAUCACACGAUCCCAUGGAGCACAUCCAUCACAAGAGACUACAUCAGAAGAAUAUUCUUUUUGGCUUUAGGAUGCAGUAUCAUCUUUGUUGCAUUUUUCAGACUUGAUGUGAUACAAAUAUUUAAAGUGAAGGUACCACAAAAGUGCUUUAUGCUUCUUCUGGGGAUGGAACUUUGUUAGAUAAACUUGAGUUUUAUAAUUUAUAUGAGGACUUAUAUGUAUAAACACUACUUUUCUUCAUCUUUAGAAUUUUUAAAGUAAGCGAAUAACUAUGAUUGUACCUUUAUUUUUAAAAAGGAAGAAAAACCGAGGAGUUGCUUGCAAAUGCAACUGGUACUGGCUACCAAGUUACCUUAAACUUCUUAUUAGAGUAACAAACUCCUCGAUGUUCUUCACUCUAAGUGUAAAUGAACUUUAUUUUCACAAGGAAAGGAAUUUAAUCUAAUCCUCAUAUACAUUUUAGGAGAUUUCUGAACCAAUGUCCUUCAUUUGCAGACAAGAAGCUAUGACAUAACAUGGUCAUUUAUGGUAAAGUGCAGGCAAACAACAUUCUUUUUUUGAAACAUAUAAGUUGGUGUUUCUUUUUAGAAUGGAUCUCUAAUAUGUAAUUUUCUUUUACAUUCCUCUCAUAAACUGCACUAGAUAGAGAGCGUUAGAAGUUAAAGCUGUAUCUUUUUUUUAUGUUUUCUGUGAAUAUUGGUACUCAGAAACAAUUUGUUGUUAAAAUUAAAGUAAUUGUAGGAUAAUUAUUUAAGUUUCAAAAUUUAUAAUUGCUGGUCAAAAUUCCUUGCCAAUAUAUUUAUAUUAGUGGAGGUUAUAAGACUGUGUUAAAAUCUAUCUCUCUGGACAGCCUGAUGUUGUCGUAUUACUGAUUUAUGGAGUAAAGUAUUUAAAAUGAUAUCAACUUAAGAAAUAAUGGAACCAACUUUUUGUAUUUUGAAGAAAUGUUUAUAUGGGGAUCUACAAAUGUGCAUGUGUGUG